AUGAUAGCUCCCUGCAAGAGAAGCAGCAGCGAAUUGAUAGGCCGAGUUGCAACAACCAGUGGCGAUGAGAGCGGUCCACUCCCAGCAAACAUAAAGCGGACACAGCGGAGCCUGUCGGGAGGCAUAUAUGCCUCCCCUUGGGCUGCUGGAGACAGUCAAACACUGUCCGUGAGGUCCUUGAUGGCUUCUACCUUACCUACGUCCAACCCACCUCCGCGAGGACGCGUCCAACAACUCCAAUUCUACGACAUCGACACAACUUUACCUUCCAUCCUUGAAAAAUUCAUGGACCCCACCACCGGCCAGCAGUUUCAACAGCCAGUUUCAUGCGAGGAAAUAACUGAAGGUAAUGGCCGCGGGAAACAUUGCCAAUACUGA